CCCCCCGCUCUGCAGCUACCAUUGUGAGGUGAGGGCAGGUGGGCGGGAUCGAUCUGUGGCGCGGGCCUGGGAGCCCGCUUGGACGCGACGCCGCCGCGGAACCCCCUCAGCCAUGGUACGGAAGAUUAUCUUGUGUCAAAACAUAGCAGAGAGAUGAAUCUAUUCACACAAGCUCGGUUUCUAUAAUCUGCUAUCACACCAUGGAACCCCACAGUAGAGAUGAUAUGGACUUGAAGGAAGAAACCACACAGGUGUGGUCUGAAGCUGCUGAACAGGAAGAGAGUACUGCACAGGUUCACUUUGUCCCUGAAGGGGGAACUGUGGCUCAGAUCGUGUACAGCGAUGAUCAGGACCGUCCCUCCCAACAAGUGGUCUACACCGCCGACGGCACAUCUUACACCUCGGUGGAUACGUCAGAGCAUACGCUGGUUUACAUCCAUCCUGUGGAAGGCACUCAGACUCUGUUUACAGAUCCGUCCCAAGUGACAUACGUCCAGCAGGAUGCGUCUACGCAGCAGGUGUCAAUCCCAGUUCACAACCAGGUUUUGCCUCCUAUGGAGGCUGUGGAUGACACUGGUCCCCUCGAACCUUUGCACAACCCAAUGGGUAGUAUGGAAGCAAAAGAAGAAAAUGACGAAGAUGAUGACGAGGAUGAGGACGAAGAGGAUGACGACGACGAUGAUGAAGAUGAGGAGGAGGAGGAAGGGGAAGACUCAGACAUGGAUGAUUGGGACCCAGACCCACCCCGACCUUUUGAUCCCAAUGACCUGUGGUGUGAAGAGUGCAAUAACGCACAUCCUUCCGUUUGCCCCAAACACGGUCCCUUACACCCAAUCCCAAACAGACCAGUGCUGACAAGAGCAAGAGCCAGCCUCCCCUUAGUGCUUUACAUCGACCGGUUCUUAGGAGGCGUGUUUUCCAAGCGGCGCAUUCCCAAACGCACACAGUUUGGCCCCGUGGAAGGACCUCUGGUCAGACAAUCAGAGCUAAAGGACUGCUACAUCCAUCUCAAGGUGUCCCUUAACAAAGGUGACAGAAAAGACCGGGACCUCCAGGAGGAUCUCUGGUUUGAGCUGUCCAGCGAGGCUCUUUGCAACUGGAUGAUGUUUGUGCGCCCUGCACAGAACCACCUGGAGCAGAACCUAGUCGCUUAUCAAUACGGCCAUCAUAUUUAUUACACUACAAUUAAAAACAUUGAUCCCAAACAGGAACUCAAGGUGUGGUAUGCUGCCUCAUAUGCAGAAUUUGUCAAUCAGAAGAUCCAUGAUGUGUCUGAGGAAGAAAGAAAAGUUCUCCGAGAGCAAGAAAAACACUGGCCGUGUUAUGAGUGCAACCGACGGUUUAUGAGCUCGGAACAGCUCCAGCAGCACCUCGACUCCCAUGAUGAAAAGUUGGACUUCUUUAGCAGGGCAAGAGGCAGAGGGCGCGGACGAGGAAAGCGAAGAUUUGGACCAGGCCGGCGACCAGGCCGGCCUCCUAAAUUCAUGCGCUUGGAAGUGGCAAAUGAAAAUGGAGGAAAAUGUGUGGAAGAGACGCAGGACUUGCUGCAUUUCUCUAGCAAAGGGCAGUUUGAUGAAGCUGGGCAAGCCACUCUGAAUGGACUGGACCAAGCGGAACAGACACCGGUGCCGCCAGAGACCUCCUUGGAUCAACAGCCUGAGAACCACCCGUUGCAGCUCCAGCCACAUGAACAGACUGUUGUGGCUACCCAGAGUAUGAUAACCGCAGAUGACAUGCGGCGAGCAAAGCGCAUCCGGAACGCAGCCCUCCAGCACUUAUUCAUCCGGAAGUCCUUCCGUCCCUUCAAAUGCCUGCAUUGUGGGAAAGCAUUCCGUGAUAAGGAGAAGUUAGACCAGCACUUACGGUUCCAUGGUCGGGAAGGAAAUUGUCCUUUGACCUGUGACAUCUGCAACAAAGGCUUCCUGAACAGCAGUUCUCUGGAGAGUCACAUGAAAUUCCACUUGGACCAGAAGACCUAUUCUUGCAUUUUCUGUCCCGAGUCCUUUGACCGCUUAGAUCUGCUGAAAGAUCAUGUGGCCAUCCAUGUUAAUGAUGGUUGUUUCACUUGCCCUACGUGCAAAAAGCGCUUUCCAGAUUUUAUCCAGGUAAAGAAACACGUGCGUAGCUUCCAUUCAGAAAAGAUUUACCAGUGCACAGAAUGUGAUAAGGCCUUCUGCCGCCCCGACAAGCUACGGCUCCACAUGCUACGGCACUCAGACCGCAAGGAUUUCCUGUGCUCAACAUGCGGCAAACAGUUCAAGAGAAAAGACAAACUCCGGGAACACAUGCAAAGGAUGCACAACCCGGAAAGAGAAGCCAAGAAAGCUGACCGGAUUACUCGCUCCAAAACGUUCAAGCCUCGGAUUGCCUCUACGGAUUAUGAGAGCUUCAUGUUCAAGUGCCGCCUGUGCAUGACGGGUUUCCGGAGACGAGGCAUGCUGGUGAAUCAUUUAUCAAAGCGACAUCCGGACAUGAAAAUAGAAGAAGUGCCAGAGCUAACGCUGCCCAUCAUCAAGCCCAACAGAGAUUAUUUCUGUCAGUACUGUGAUAAGGUUUACAAGAGUGCCAGCAAGCGCAAAGCCCACAUUCUGAAAAAUCACCCGGGAGCUGAGCUUCCUCCAAGCAUCCGGAAGCUGCGUCCUGCUGGCCCCGGAGAGCCAGAUCCUAUGCUGAGUACCCACACCCAGCUGACAGGAACAAUUGCAACGCCACCCGUCUGCUGUCCUCACUGUGCAAAACAGUACAGCAGUAAGACCAAAAUGGUGCAACAUAUCCGCAAAAAACACCCGGAGAUUGCGCGACUGCCAGCUGACAUUAUACACGUGCCCUUGACCACAGCUGUCAUCAGUGCCACCCCUGCAGUCUUAACGGCCGACAGCACUUCUGGGGAAACCGUUGUGACCACAGAUUUACUGACUCAGGCCAUGACGGAACUCUCACAGACACUGACCACUGACUACAGAACCCCACAGGGAGAAUUCCAGCGCAUUCAGUACAUUCCUGUCUCGCAGUCCCCAGCUGGCUUGCAGCAGCCCCAACACAUACAGUUGCAGGUUGUGCAAGUGGCUCAAGCUACCUCACCUCACCAGUCGCAGCAUUCCACAGUAGAUGUGGGGCAGCUGCACGACCCUCAGACGUACGGACAACAUGCCAUCCAAGUGCAACACAUCCAAGUCACGGAACCAGCCCCAGCAGUCUCCACCUCCUCACAGGUGGGAAGUCAGCCCUUGAGUCCCUCCUCGCAACCGUCUCAGCAGGAACUCAGCCCUUCCCAAAUGCAGACCACUGCCUCGUCUCAAAGCCAACCACAGCAAGGCACCUCGGUCCAGCAAACAUAUCUUCCUAGCACAUGGAACUCCUUCCGCAGCUAUCCUUCUGAAAUUCAGAUGAUGACCAUCCCACAGGGUCAGUAUGUGAUUACAGAGACCGCUGUGGGCACACCUGUCACCACCGUGAACACCGGCCAAGUGAAAGCGGUCACUCAGACACAUUAUGUAAUAGCGGAAGGUCAAUCUGAACUGGAUGUCAAGCCUAACCUGUCCCUUUCCAGCGAUGUCGAAGUGGAUCUGUCCCAGGCGUCCGCACAUUCGGACUCUUUGGAAUCCCCAUCAGCCAGUCAACAGCAAACAGCACAGUUCAUCAUCACAGCUACUACCAAUGGCAAUGGCAGCAGCGAUGUGCACAUGGAAAAACCAUAAAUUUCCUUUGAGGAGAUACGAUUGGACCAGGCGACGUUGUCAACCAUCCCAAAUCUGUAGGACAUCAACAGCUGUUUUUAGAAGUCCAUUUGUAUAACGUAGAGGUCAUCUGAUGCCUCAUUGAGAAUUACAAACUAUUUAAGGCUCCCGCCAUCUUCAGUAGCCCUUGAACAAAAAAUGCUAAAAAGGAGAAAUAUUAUUUUUCUCUAGACUCCUUUUCUUCUCCUCUCAGCCUCAUUCUUCCAUUUGGAGGUAGGCAGCAGUGAAAGAAUACAUUGCUACACAUAUAACUGCUGGCAGAAUAUGUCCGAAAUACAUUUCUGAUGUGCUGUUCACAUUUCUUUUGGCUUUAUUUUUUUUUUUUAAAUAGCCAUGGGAAAAAAGGGAAUAUAUCAGCUUGGAGGAGAAAACAAUGACUGAUAAUGCAACAAUGGUGAACUUUUGUUUUCCACUACAUUGGACAAAUGGAACGAUGAAACUGUGAAGCUGUGCAAAAGUAGUUAAAUUAUUAUUGGGAUGGGGAUGACUCCUCCCCUUUUUUUAUUUGUAACCCUGUGGACUGUUUAAAUGCCACCCGCACGGCCCUAAUACUCAUUUCUGGAGAGUAUGAUGGAAGAGGCCUUGGAACCUUCACAAGCCUCAAUCUCAUUCCAAUCAGAGAAGCGCAUCAAGGUAGCACUGAGCCUGAACCUUCACCUCUGACUGUGUUCUCUCUGUGUAAGAGGGAUUAUUUUAUUUUAUUUUUGCCCUGGAAAACCAAUAAAAAGGCUCAGUGAUGUUUUGAAA